GCGGGGGGAAAGGUGGUAAAUAUGGCGGCGGCCUUGGAAGAAGAUGAAAUCGACAAUGAUGACUAUUAUUCUCUCUUAAACGUCCGUAGGGAGGCUACGCAGGAAGAGCUCAAGGCAUCAUAUCGCCGUCUUUGCAUGCUGUACCAUCCAGACAAGCACAGAGAUCCAGAGCUUAAGAAGCAGGCAGAACAACUUUUUAACUUUGUGCACAAAGCAUAUGAAGUGCUAAGCGACCCCCAAUCCAGAGCAAUCUAUGACAUAUAUGGAAAGAGAGGACUGGAAGUUGAGGGAUGGGAGGUGGUGGAGAGGAGAAGAACUCCAGCAGAAAUUCGUGAGGAAUAUGAACGACUUCAAAGAGAACGAGAGGAGAGGAGACUACAGCAAAGGACCAACCCUAAGGGGACAAUAAGCGUUGGUGUCGAUGCAUCUGACCUCUUUGAUCAUUACGAGGAGGAUUAUGAAGAGAUCUCUGCUGGCGGUGGCAGCGGAUUACCUCACAUUGAGAUCAACAGGAUGCACAUAUCCCAGUCCAUAGAGGCCCCUCUGACAGCCUCAGAUACAGCCAUUCUCUCUGGCUCUCUUUCCACACACAAUGGCAACGGUGGCGGAAGCAUUAACCUGGCCCUGCGACGGGUGACCUCUGCUAAAGGCUGGGGAGAGGUUGAGUUUGGGGCAGGAGACACGCAUGGCCCUCUUAUUGGGCUGAAGAUAUUCCGUAAUUUGACUUCACGCUGCUUUGCGACGGCUCAGUGUGGCAUGCAGUUUUCAUCCCGCGGUGUACGGCCGGGUCUCACUACUAUGAUUGCACGCCAUCUGGACAAAAACACUAUGGGCUAUUUACAGUGGCGCUGGGGAACUCAGUCUUCCAUGAACACCAGCAUCGUCCGGGACACCAAAAGCAGUCAUUUCACCUUUGCUGCCCAGUUGGGAAUUCCACAUACGUUCAUUAUGAUGAGCUACCAGUACAAAUUUCAGGAUGAUGAUCAGACCAAGAUCAAGGGCUCAGUCAAGUCAGGGUUUUUCGGUACCGUGGUGGAAUACGGCGCUGAGACUAAGAUCAGUCGUCACAGCAUACUGGGAGCUACCGUCAGUAUUGGAGUACCUCAGGGCGUGUCUCUAAAGAUCAAGUUGAACAGAGCCAGCCAGACGUACUUCUUUCCCAUUCACUUAACGGACCAGCUUCUACCCAGCGCUGUUUUUUAUGCCACGGUCGGACCCCUUGUGUUCUACUUGGCCAUCCAGAGGCUGGUCAUCAGGCCUUAUGUUCGUGCAAAUCAGGAGGAGGAGCUUGAGAAACAAAGGGAAAGCUCAGCCUCAGACAUCGCCAAGAAAAAGCAAGAGGCAGAGACUUCCGUUCUGCUGAUGCAAGAGUCUGUGCGUAGAAUUAUCGAAGCGGAGGAGUCCAGAAUGGGUCUGAUCAUCCUCAAUGCCUGGUAUGGCAAGUUUGUGACAGACAACAGUCGUAAACACGAUAGGGCGAGGGUCAUUGAUGUAACGGUGCCUCUACAGUGCCUAGUGAAGGAUUCUAAACUCGUUCUCACAGAAGCUUCUAAGGCUGGUUUACCGGGCUUUUACGACCCCUGUGUGGGCGAGGAAAAGAGCCUGAAGGUACUGUAUCAGUUCAGAGGAGUGAUGCAUCAAGUUCUAUGUGGUGACACAGAAGCACUCAGGAUACCAAAACAAUCCCACAGGAUUGAUAAUGACAAUUAGGAGCAUGUAUCUGUCGAGCUGAAUGGGACAGCUUGGACUGUUAAAGACAUGUGAAAGACUUGCUUUUUCUGGAGUAGAGCCCUGGAAACGCUCUGUGCCCCUGAAAGUCUUCAUAUACCUAUUUAUCCUUCAUUUUUUGCUGUUUUAAAUAUUAUUCAAAAGGAUGUUAGAAAUUAAGAUCAGUUCAUUUACAUCCUGAAAUAAAAUUUAAAGAUAAAGAAACAAAGAAAAAAUGCUAAAAGUUAAUUAUCAGAUGUACUCUUUUUGUUUAGUAGACCCCAUUUUUAAAAUAGAUGCCCAGCCCCCCCGCUCUAAAAUAGUGAAUCCAUGUAAACUGUUCUGGAGCAUCUCUAGACCACAACGGUGCCUGUAUUCAGCACUCAAUAGAGAGCGCUAUUUCACCCGCAUUACAACAGAGAAAAACCAUUGCUGCUCAAACCAGCUCACUGAAUCCCACAGGAGAUGAUAUUCCUUAGCUGUUUGGCCUCUUCCUAUGUCUGACAUUUUUUAACACCAGCGUCCCAAUCUUGCUAAAUAAAGUGUUCAUAAGUCAAAGCAUGUUGCUGCCCAUACUAAGAAUAGUAAAACCCUUGCCUGCUAGGUAAGCAGCUAUGUCUUCAGAUAGCCUGCAUUAUUCCUCACUCCCUUGUGAGGAUUUCAUUUGGAAAUAUUAUGUCUUUCUUCAUCGGCAGUGUCAAAAGAAUUGAAGAGGCCAAUGCACACAAUGUACGGUAUUGUCUGUAGGGCUUGUCUCCCACCUUGUGUUCAAAGACUUGAAUAGCAAUGGAAACAUUGUAUUUAUUUGAUUUCUGCAACACCACCCUUAAAUCCUGCAUUUUAGUGCCAUACGUCACACAUACUUCUCAGAUUUAUGCCCCCCAAAUUACAGUCUUUUAGUUGAUUUGAGCUUUUUGAUGCCUUUUUGGUAUUUUGGGAUGUAUAUGCAAGAAAAUUGAUUCGCUGUAAUGUUGAACAAUUGAUUCCUAAUUUGAGGGGUUGGCUGUAUGGCAUCUCUUUGUUUCUGGUCGACUCUAAUUUAUAUGAAAUGUCAAUGCUGCAGACUUGCAGAUGUUAAUGGACUAAACGUGUAUAUCUGUAAUUGCUGUCUGGAGUGUUAGUAUUGUUAUACAAAUGGCCAACCACAUGCAGCAGGUACAGACAGUCAUUUUAAAAUAAAGGAACCAUGGAAAUGAA